AUGGAGAAGCUACCCGAGGCAGUGGAGUCCAUGACGCUUGGCUCUUCCGGAGACAUGUUCGAUGAGGACGAGCCCGAACUCGAAGAUUUAAUGCCUUUCUACUUGUCUGCGGAACCUCUGCUAGGCAAAGAUUUGCUUCCUUUCAAGAGACGAGCGGAGGAGAGAGGCAUCACGACUCCGGCUGCCUUUCUGCAAGACAAGGGGUUCCGAAAGGCGCUUGUGAAAUUGGUCAGAACAAAAGCAGGCAUCGAUGGGACAGGAAGCCCCGAGAACCUUGAGGGCAAGGCCUUCCUUCCACUGAAGAGGAAAGCAGAGGAAAGACGCAUCACCACCCCUAAGGCUCUCCUGCAAGACGAGGAGUUCCAGAAGGAGCUGUCGAAACUGGUCAGAGUUAUGGUCACCAUUGAUGCCAGCAGCGAUUUGGAGAAUGCAGAAGGAGGGGAGUGGUACAGGGAUUUUGUUCCUGAAGUUUUGGAGCCAGCUUGCGAGAUGGACAAAUCUCUCGCGAAGAAGUUCAACUGUUUCUAA